ACAAGAAAAUUAUCUUUAUAACUAGACCCACAACAGCUUCUACGCAUUUCGUGUCUGAUACGCGAUGUUGCUCCGUCAAAGUAUUGCAACUCUAGUCGUAGUAGCAGGGGUGUUGUGUGACAUCGUCGACAACAAAGUAGAAGACUGCAACCUCCCUCAAGACCUCGUCAAUGAAAUCGCCUCAUAUGCACCAAUUGUGCAAAAAAUAAUCAACACCUCGGUUAAUGGGAGUUUCAAAGGGAUCACCUACAACGAAUUGGCUUAUUUCGUCGACAAAUUUGGUAACCGAAUUUCCGGUUCGCAAAAUUUAGAAGAUGCAAUUGAUUUCAUGAUCAAGAAAUCCAGUGCUUCCGGUCUGGACAACGUCCAUGGAGAGGAAGUGCCAGUUCCUCACUGGAUAAGAGGAUCAGAAAGUGCAACUUUGGUAGCACCACGUUCUAAGAAUUUGACAAUUUUGGGUUUGGGUAACAGUAUAGGAACACCACCCGAAGGAAUCCUUGCUGAAGUUCUAGUCGUGAAAUCUUUCGACGAGUUAAAUGCCAAAGCUGAAAAGGCAAAAGGAAAAAUUGUUGUUUUCAACCAAGAUUACAUCAGUUAUGGCCAAUCUGUUGCUUAUAGAGGUCAAGGAGCCACUGCUGCUGCUAAAGCUGGAGGAGUAGCAAGUUUAAUCCGUUCCAUUACCCCCUUUUCCCUCAACACACCCCAUACAGGAAUGCAGAGUUACAAAGACAAUGUUACCAAAAUACCAACAGCUUGUAUUACAGUAGAAGAUGCACAUUUGUUGCAAAGAUUACAAAAUGAAGGUUACACGAUCAAAAUUCUUCUAAAAAUGGAAGCCCAAACUUUACCAGAUGUAACAUCCAGAAACGUGGUGGCUGAAAUUGAAGGCACAAAACACCCAGAGAAAGUAGUAAUUGUGUCAGGCCACAUCGAUAGUUGGGAUGUUGGUGAUGGGGCAAUGGACGAUGGUGGUGGUGUUUUUAUUUCAUGGGGUGCGUUGGCACUCCUGAAAAACCUCAAUUUGAAGCCUAAAAGAACAAUCCGGAGUGUUUUUUGGACUGCUGAAGAGUUUGGUUAUGUUGGAGCUUCUGGAUACGCACAACAGCACCAAAACGAAACUGAUAAUUUCGUUUUUCUCAUGGAGUCCGAUAUUGGGACUUUUAAUCCAGUUGGAUUAGAAUACGCAGGAGGAGCUACUGGUUAUUGCAUUGUUCAAGAAAUUGCAAAAUUAUUGGCACCUAUUAAUGCCACUAAGACAAGACAGUCGUCUUCUGUGGGUUCUGAUAUUGAAAUUUGGACCGGAAACGGGAUUCCUGGAGCGUCUUUGGACACCGAAAAUGAUAAAUAUUUCUGGUACCAUCACACACCUGCCGACACUUUAGACGCAGAAGAUACAGCCGCUUUGGAUAAAAAUACCGCCCUUUGGGCCUCCGUUGCCUAUGUUAUCGCUGAUCUAAGUAUUGACUUUCCUCGAGAUUCACUCAAGACCAAAAACUGAUUAUAAUCAACUGUCUCAAGUAUUUUUAAUAAAGUGAUAAAAAUUA